AAAUGAUCGAGCGAACACUUUUUUUCUCCCCCAUUUAAAGGCAGGUUUUUUGACACGGCGGUCGUUCGAUCGACUUCCAUUUGUCUCCGAGCAUUCCGUCGAUUAACGUCCUGGAACGUGCAGAGUGCGAAUAUCUCGCGAAGAUGCGCGUCGAUCGUUACCACCUGACCUGAUCGAGUCGCGUGUACCGUGUAUAACAACACUUGGAUCCUAUCGUAUAUUCUUCAGUGAUUUCCGAGAAACUCUCCCCGUGUCUGAACGUCGCCGAAUUGACGCAAUCGACGAAUCGAGUCGAUCGUUCUCCUGAUACACGUAUUUGACGAACCUUGUGAUCCUUGUGAUUGAUUCUGAUAACCAGUGCCCGCUUCGAUUGACUUACUCUGGGGGUGUAGGAGGAACCACGGACAAGCCAGGUGAAUUGGAAAUGAAACAUUGGAUCGGACGCGUCUAAGAAGUUGCAAGAAUGGUGAGGAGAUUUUCGUGGUGCACGGCGGUGGCAUUAGUGGUGCUGCUUUUCGUCACGACCGAAGGUCUUCGUGAGCGCGGUGCUCAGACCGACGACCAUAAAGCUGCGAAUCGCGGUACUUUGAAGUACAAUUCCAAGUCACCGGAGGAAGCAACCACCGCGUCGUCAGCCUCGUCGUUAUCGAGAUCUAGAACGAACCGAGACAGAUCGGUGCAGUCGAGGAGGUUCUCGAACAUCGAAGGAACGACCCAGGCUUCAACGAUCAAUUCGGAAUCGAGCUCCAGCGAAUCCUCGAUCAUCAGAACUACCAAAAGAGACAGCACAUCGACAGCGACCCAAGUCACAGACGGGUCGGACAAGAAGGUCGAGGAAGUUGGAAAGACAGAGCCAGCGGUUAACAGACGAAAUGGCAAAAGAUAUUUCCCCGAGAACGAUGAGGAAACGAGGUCGAAGGACAACGAGCAGAGAGUCUCGGUCGAAACGUCGAGGGGAAUUUCACGGAGAACGUCCAAUGGAAGAUCGAACAGUUCACGAAUCACUGAGAGACUGGACAACAAAGGGCCGUCCGUAUUCCUGGCAACCACGGAGCCAUCGAGAUCCAGAACUGGCAGGAAGAUUCAAACGACUUACUCGAAGAAGGACCUGAAGACGCAGCUUUCUACGUCUAGGAGGCACAGCAACAAGAAGUUUGAGAAUGAAUUUACUACAACGUCGUACAGGAGAGGUAGAUCGACGACAGAGAGGAUCGAGAGGAGCACCAGAUCUGGUAGAUCGAGGGUGAACAACGAGGAGAACGAUUCCGUUACUCGAAGAGGUCCGGAUACUCUUUUGUCGGAAUCCGAGAGUGUGAGAGUCGACAUACCGCUCGUGGUGAACGGAACGGGAAAUCGUUCAACGAAUGGUUCUUCUCUGAUCUCUCAGAGAAGAUCGGACACUAAAGAGUCAUCCAGGUCUGGUCGGACAGGGUCCGAAAGGUCGAAGAAUCGCGGACGAUCGAACGAUGCCGAGGUUGCCGGAUCGUCUAGAGGUUCCUCCGGGUCUCGAAGAGGUUCCUCGAAGUUCGGCGAUUCCACGACGACUACCGAGGCUAACGAACUGGUCGUUAGUUCGAGGAGAAAUACGGUUUCCAGGGAUCGUUCGAGAAGUUUCGAGCAGAGUUCCGGCAAGAAGAACUCCGCGACUGAGUCUAGAUCGAGAUCCAGGGGUAGAAAUUUGGAAAAUAACGUGAAAUCUAGUUCGAACGACGGCCCGGAGAGGGACGCGAAGCGCAAAGUGGCCGGAGAAAGAAGCUCCUCUGAAAGGAGAUCGAGAGUGCUCGACGGUGUUUCAAGAGUCAUUGAAAGUCGUGGACAGGAUGGUCAGGACGCGCGUGGAAGGUCGAGAAACAGGUCGAGACCGGAUGUAGUCACGCCUGUAAACACGGACGUUACCACGACUGUUGCGCCAGAGACGACAGUCCUCGUUGACGUAACAACCAUCGAUUCUGAGGUAACGACCAUAAGACCAACGACACCAGCGACUACUUCAAGUUCAAAAUCCACGUCUAGACCAUCGCCGACUUCCACUUCGACGACUGAAGCGUCGGGGCGAGGUCGAGGAAGAGGCAGAGGCGGCCGAAAACAGAAAGAGGACUUCUUCAAUUACGGACUGGGGUUCAGAGGUCGGAAACCCUCGCCGGAAGGGUCUUCGAACGCGACGCAGCCUAGAAAAACGAUCUUGUGGAAAAACGAUACCCCGAUAAACGGAAAUCCAGGCUGGACGCUCAGAAGGCGGCCAGGCAAUUUUAACAACACCGCGAAUCCUUCGAGAACGAUCGUGCCCUCGUCGAGGGAUCAAACGAACGAAGUAAUACCGCCGAACGACGAAUCGACCAGCACCGAAGUUGCAGCGACUACCACGGAAAGUUCUACCACGUCCAGCUCGAGGAGAGGCUUUAAGAAGCUGCAAACAAUAGAUGAAAGUUCUACAGUGGCUGGAACCACGGCAAAGAGCUACAGAAGAGGCAACAAAACCUUUGGGAACGGCAAAGCGACCGCGGACCGUGAAGAGAGCGACAAUUAUCCGCCCGAGUUUAAGGCGAGGUUAACUCAGCUGAAGAAUACCAACACGAAAAUACCAGCCCCAAAAACCACCUCUCGCACGCAAUUGGAGGAACAAGAGCGGAGGAUCUAUGGCCGGCGCUCGAGGAACAACUCGAUGGCGUUCGAGCCUGACGACCUCGAAACCGCAGCUUCAGCAAAUGUUUUGACGGACGAAAGUUUAGUCGUGAAUCCCUUAACAUUGAUAAAUGGCAGAGGACUGCGACGCGUGAAAAAAUCGUCGGCCGCUCUGUUCGCUGAAAGAUCGCGGAUGAAGCUGGAUCUGGCUAGGAGGUUAGUGAAGCCAGAGUUGAACAUCGAGGAGAAUGAUCUCGACGCAACCACGGCCUCCUCUUUCAGCAAACCGAGGGCAACCGGUGGCGUGCCGGUGCUCGAUGAGACGAGCAAGGUCACCGAACACGGUAAACCCGCCGCCACGGCAUCGGGAGGACGUAGCAACAGGCCUUCCACUUCCGUGGAAAGCUCUCGAGAAGAGGUUAACGUGAAAUCCUCGAGGAAAGACCACGAGGAUUCGUCCAAGGUCACCGGCCGACCGAACGGUUUAAAGAAAGGGCGGAUCAUUGCUGAACGUAUGGUCACCUCGAUCUCGAUCGAGGAGAGAACCGCCAUCGAGGAGACCACUAAACCGUACGUAUUAUCCACGAAUCCUUCGGCGACGCUACCCGCGGAACAGGGAUCGGAGACUGUCGUCGACUCGUCGAGGAUUCGUCUGUCCGGUGGUCGAGCAGGAAAGAAGUCGAAGGAAGAGGACUCGACGAUCAAGAACAUGAAGGUUUCCCUCUACUCCACUCGACGCACCGAGAGCAGCGAUCACGUCACCACCGUUAAACCGAAGAAACCCUACGUCUAUCAAUCGCGCAACACGAAAUUCCAAUUGCAAGAGCAGUCGACGGCGAUCGAACAGAGGUCCACGACGCCGUCACCUAAGAAACCCUACGCUCCCACGCAUAGGAAAUCGCAAACGUCCCAGCAAGACGACGCUGCCAAGAAAACGAAAUUUUCCAACAGCGCUGGCAAGCCCAUAUUUAGACCACGCUAUAGCAAACGAGCCAAGGAGAAGUCUCUCGACGAGAAGAAGACGGACGACGAAGCUACGAUCACCGCGAAAGUGCCAGUACCGACCAGCAGAUACUCGAGGAAGAAGUCGUUGGUGAAUAGUAUCGAUGACGGAUCGAUAACCACGGAGAGGUCAGCUACUCAGACGAAGAAGCUCGAGUUUCGCCCUAGAACCGCGACCUACAGAAGACACUCGGAGGUCCCGACGACUUUAAUCGAGUCGAGUACCAAGGUCGACAGGCGUGCAGGAGUCGCCAUCACGCCCAGAUCGACGAAGUACCAUGCUACGUUGAGGACCACGACAGCGUCCCCUCGAUCGGUAGCGCAGGAACCGCGAAUGAGCCUGAAGAUCGCCAACGAGUCGGCAUCGGGGAUUAUCGACAGCAGUAACGGCGACACUGGUAACUCGAACAUCUUCAAUCCGACCAGAAGCACGUUCCUCAGUGGGAACAACACGCUGCUCGAGCAACUGAGAAGCACCGUGGCACCGUUGCUCAGCUCUCUUGGUAACAAGACACCUGUGUUCUCCGAGUCGUACAGUAACGUUAACAACGCGAAUUCGCCAGCCAGAAUCACCCCGAGUGGACAACCGCCCCGUUUCAGCGCGAGAUACAAAGGAGCGGAGUUGUUCGUUAGAAAACAAAAUAAUAUUUAUCAGCCCACUGUGCCAUCGAUCACUAGUUCGUCGACUACGCCAGUUACACCCGUAGAGAAUUCUGGCUCGGCACCACCGAUCGACAUCUCGAGCCCUGGCGAGCCGAGAUUCUUGACCCUUUAUCAGGCAUUGGAGUCAGCCAGCAUCAGGAACGAACAAUUAUUGCGAAACGCGAGUUUACAGCUGCAAGAGCAACGAUCUGACAGGGUUUCCCAGGUAGACUCUAACGCCACUGCGAUCGCUAACGUCAUCGGCGAUAACGUUAACAAUGACACGACAAGUCCCACUGUAGCGACCGUCAGCCCACAGACCCCAGACACCAUCGCGAACACUACUCAGGACAGCACACAGACCCCGAGAUUAUCCGAGGACCCGGAGAACUCCACUCCCCCAGUUAUCGCAGCAGUCCCUGAAACCCCUACGACCACCGACUCGGUUUUCACGAGCGCAGAACCGUCCUCUAGUACCGAACAAGCCUCCACCAGCGCAGAAUCGCUUUCCAGUACCGAACAAAUUUCCACCAGUACAGAUUCGUCUUCUACCCUGGAACAGAUCUCCGUCAGAGUCGGUUCUGUGCCUGUCACCGAGCCAGCUAGCACAGAGUCGUCAUCGCAGGCUGCGGAUGAAACGACGACGAACGUCACGGAUGCAGAAGACGUUCGAAAUUCUACGACGAAUCAGGAACUUGUAAGUUCUACCACGGAUGCUUCGACUACGAGCUCCGUCUCUGAAGCUAGCAGUACCGAGCUCGACGUCACGUCAAGAGUAGACGUGUCAGAGACGACAACCGUCACCAACACGGCGACUACUUCCGAAAAUCCCGAGAUCAAUACUAUACCACUGUCUGACGUUACUGUCACGCAGAUAGCUGAUAUCAGCUCGACCGAUGCUUCAACGACCGAGAUGGAUUCGAAUAACGCGAAUAACGUGGAGACAACCACGACGACGUCCACGUCUACGAUUCGGACCAGGUUGAUUGAUUUCGCAGAAGAUAUUCUAUCGCGAUUGCAAGCGACUCUGUCGACGACCAUGCUACCGAGUCAAGACUCGACGACGACGUUGCCUCCCGCGAUCGACACGGAAAUAUCGAACGUGGUAUCGGGUUCGAAUGGUAACCGUAGUUUGGAGUCUCUGUCGCAAUUGAGGGACGAGACGACGACUAGUCAAGGAGUCACGACGGACCAAUCGAGUUUAGGAACAACCGAAGAAGUGACCACCGAAAACGCAGUAGGUUCAAUCACUACUUCGUCAUCCACAAUGGUACCCAGUCGAGAAGUCGACACGCAGGACGAAUUGAAUGCGUUCACAAGCACAACACCAGCAACAACAACAACUGCAACAGUCACACAAGACUCUCAGACAGUAUCGAACACAGAUUCAACGAUCGUAAGAGAUUCGAACGACUCCUCGAGCCCCACGUUAGACGUUGAAGUAACCACCGCGUCGAUCGUCACUUCCACGAACGACACUUUGUUGACAGAGUUGAUGUCCAUUGCCAAGACACUCCUUUCGGAGGAGAUAAACAGUAGCCAAGAAGCGACAGCAAGGCAAAAUUCGAACGUCACGUCUAGAUUAGGAGACACGAUGGGAAACGAGAUAGACCGGCCGAGUUUAUCGAACGACGUACUCAGCACGACAACUCAAGCUACGGAAACAUCGUCCGUCCUCUUGGAUGUCACGACAGAAAGCGUCGACUCAAUGUCGACCACCGUAGUUGCGCCCAAAUCUUCUACUUUCUUCGUUGAUACUCCCCAGAACGAGGUAGACUCCACUACGGCCGAAAACUCUUCUGAAAAUUCGACAGAUACAUCGACAACGAUCCCUCGCAGUAACAUGUCUGACGACAAAGUAGAGAGUGUACGGAACGAAACCACACCGGUAGCAUUAGGACCCUUUGCCGAGAUCGUAGAGUCGACGACCCCCGUAGAGUUUACGACAGAAAUCGGGUCACUGGUUACCCUGUCGAAUAGAGGAUCGAUAGAUCCCGACACUACGACUCAGACACAGACAAUCAUCAGCACACAAAGCUCAGAUACCACAGUCACAUCCACCGUGAACUACGAACUAACCACUAACACGUUCAAUCUGUUUUCGUCAAAUUUAGUCACAACGAUGAAUCCUCAAACAGCUUCUGACCAGGUUGCAGGAAGUGUCACGGAACUAGCGGCAACCACCGUAACAUCACAGCUUGUGACAGACACUGGCACUUUCGAAUCCGAAGUAACUACCAUAGCUCCCGAAACUAUCCCUUCUCUUGUAAAUACGAUCACUACCACACCAUUUGUACCCGCUGAAACGAAUCAAACCGUUCAAACCACGACGACGCCUACCAUAGGCUCGGUCCAACGUGUGGAAACUAACCAAACGACAGAGUCCACCACUCAGUUGGUACCUUUGACCACCGAAACCGCUGAUAACGAAACCCUCGAAGCCACCACGCUAUCAAUUACAACCACCGCGCCAUUGGAUGUUAAUUUCAUGGAGAGAGUCGCUAUUAACCAGUCUCUGCUAACGUCGAGUCCAAUGCCAUCCACGGAAACUACUACUAAUACGCCCAGCGAAAAUAUCCCCCAAACGACCCCAACCCUCGAGAACGAAACUCCAACUGUUGUUGCCCGUUUCCAGGAUACCACGUCAACAACCGCCCAAAGGACGGCAGGUUCGAGAAUCGGCCAAACGACCGAAAUUUCAACUCCCACGAUCCCAGAUUCCUCGACCACACCCUCGCUCUUCACCGAAUCCCCCACUUCAUCGUCUCCCGAGUCUUCUCUCGCCACAACCACUUCAUUUUCGGUCGAAACGACGACGGCGACGACCACGACUGAGACGACGACGCCGACGAGUAUAGGACGCGUGCCUGACGGGGGUACAUCGACACCUCAGACAACAACAAUGGGCAUCGUCACUGUCACCCCGCUGACAGAAACUACCACUGCUACUACUACUACUACGGUCAAUAUAGAGGAGAAUCUCGUGUCUACUGAAACGACGACGUCGACGAGUCCAGCUUCGUCGGACGGUACAACCGCGACGCCAACUUUCACGAGUACACCUGGAGGUGUUCCCACCGAAGCAACAACGACCAUGUCCGUGCAAACUACCCCUGGAACACAGACAACAACUAGCCCCAAAUCUAGGCUAACUUUUCAGAGUCCUACGACACCGUAUUUAGGUCGUUUCGGUGGCAACAGAUUGACACCAGCUCCGCGGUUCAGCACGAGCUCGAGCACCAGAGCGCCUCUACGCGACUACCUGGUGUACGGGAUCUAUCCGAACAAAACGAUCGUGAGGAAACGGCCGGAGGACAACCUGAUCGAUGCUAGGAACGUGGACAGCCCGUACGUGAUAUUCGGUAUCUUCCCGGAUGGCAGGCUGGUCCGGAAAUUCCCGAAUGGAACGAUAAUACCGGAUCCACCUAGGAGACCGGUCGAGGUUGUGUUCACACUUAGCACUUCCACUACCACUAACAGGCCACCACCCAGACCGUAUUAUAACCAGGCUAACCAAGGCACUUACAAUCAGUAUCGAGGCCCGGUGUACGAUAAUAACGGUAGACCUGUCGCUGAAACGACGAGAAACGCCCAAACUCCCGGCACCAUUGAUGCUCGCCUUUCUGGUAACGCGAUCGUCGGCCCCAAUGGAGGUGGACCCGAUAAUACUGGGCCACUUGGUACCCCUGCUAGCCUCCCGAGCAUCAACGAAACGAGCAAUGCCCUGUUGAAUACGCAAAUGGGGACAGCGUCUGUGACGCCGAUAGUAAGUACCGGUCGACCGCCGACCGAUUCACAGGGCGGUCGUAUCGUCCAGGGUCGAGAGAGGGACGAGGCCACCAGGACGAAAGAGGCCGGAGGUCAACGCAGCUCCGUGUACAUCGGACAGGACAAGUUCGUCAAUUAUUGGACCGAUGGAGCUUCCACCUCUAACCCACGCGUUCUCGGCGUGAAUAUAAAUUCGGUAGCUACUGCUACAAAAGAGGGGCCAUCGCCUGCUGUAUCAUCGUUUGAGAAUCUUCUGAAUAAUCAACCAGACAGGCGAGUCACAGCUCCGCCUGGGUUCCCAUGGAGGGAUCCUUUGGACCAGAUCUUUGGUAUUACUACUUCCUCGCCGGUAAUAACAGCUUCAGUUGCAUCAAACACUCUGGACGAUUCGUCAGAACCAAAUGGUCCAAUCUCAGCACGACCGAUAAAUCCAUUUGUCGAGGUUUUUACUCCGUUUUCUAAUGCGAUUGGGGUUCCCAGAGCCAACAUAGGUUCCAUUCCUCCACCACCACCGCCAUCAACGCCUGUUGCAUCCAGUACAACUCCCACACCUACUACUACGAUGGCAUCACCAAUAACAACAACAAUUACUACUACUACUACUACUAUUGCUACUACAAUGGCACCAACGACCAUAACGACAAUGGCUCCAACAAUUUCCACGGUAACAGCACGUACCACUACUCCAGAGCCUGCAACAACGGCUCAAAGGCCCAAUAUCGCGUCACAAGUAGAAACAUCUCGAACAUCAACAUCUUCUCAAACAAAUUCGUUGGACUUACAAAAGAAUUUGUUGAAUCCCCAACAGCAGAAUGCUUUUGGUACUACGUUCGAUGAUUUGGUCUUUCUGAAUUCGUUGUUACAAAGUAAUUCACGGACUACCACUCAGAAGACACUCACUCAAGUUGAGCAGCUCCUGGCAAAUAAGAUACUGGAACUGGCAUUGAAGAAUCCAGGACCAACUCGAUCACCAAAAGCAAUCAAUACCGAAAAUCCUCCACCAAAUUCAAUUUACAAAUCAUCGACGAAAUCUCCUUCGGAGCCAAUAAUAAUCGAGUUGUCUUCGUCGUCGGCAACCUCGACACCCACGUGGAAAUCAGUAGAGACGCAGCAACCAACCAGUCAGAAACCAACAAUUAGUAGCGCGACGCCCGUGCAAGUGACUUGGAAGCCGGUUACAACGACCACCACUGAAAGGAUCGAGACAAGCACAGUUCCUUCGUCGACUACGAUCAAAACGACUUUGAUAAGUACCACUAAGGCUUCUGUAACUGUCAAAGCUAAACCAGCGACCACUCCUCGACCUAAAACUACCACUCAAGCACCAUUAGGCUUCGCUGGUCUCCUGUGGCAGACUCUCCUUGGUGGGAAUAUAUUUGGGCCAUCGACAACUCCAAAACCUGCGAAAGCUAAACCGGUACCGAAAACCACGCAGAAGGCGGUCAACAUUACGCCGAAACCUCUUCAAACUACAGAGAGGACAGAGACAACGACGAUUCCCUCGACCACGACACUAAAAACAGUGGACAUUUCGAAGAUUCAAGUGAGCAGUCCAAAUUCGAUUAUAAAUGAGAAGUCGGUGACGACGCCAGCUCCUAUCUCGACGACUGGUCAACCAUUGAUAAAUAAUCCAAAUCCGAGAUUGCCUAAUGUUGUGACGUCGACCUACUCCCCUGAAGAUGAUGCAAAGUUCUUGGUCGAGCUUCUGCGGGCUGUUGAACAGGAUAAUAAAAUUGGUUCCUCGAAGAAGAAAUCAUCAGGUUUAACUCGGGAUGACGAGGCAUUUUUAAGAGCGAUUUUAAGCGGUCGAGCGUUAACAACACCACCGGCUCCACCAUCGACGACAGAAGUCGGUAACGCAGCAUUGUUGGCGGCGUUAUUGAAAGCUCAAGGUAUAGAGCCGUCAACUCCGGCCAAUAACAUUAGAGAGCAGCUUCAAUUGGCGAGCCUCGGGCAGAGCGUCACCUCCACUCCGGCCACGUCCCCGGCUAGCGAGUCUACGACAAUUACGACAAGGCCGGCAUCGACUGCUGCAAACCGACCUACGGAUACCACGAAAAAGUCGGUGACACCGAGACCAACCUCAGGGCCAAGGACACGCACUACAAUUUGGUCGCCGAGCUCUACAUAUCCACCACCUCUUUUCAGCUCGUUCGUCCCGGUACAGUCAGCCGGUAAUAAUUCUGGAAGUAGCGCGUUAAUCGGUGCUACCAGAGCGUUCAGUCAGUUUCUCGGUGCCGCGAUAAGCGGAGCUGCGCAACAAUUGCAAUCACUGGUGAGAAAUGGUACCAGAAUCGUGUCCGAAGUUGUAGGAUAAAGCUAGCGAAAGAGAAAUGAAUUAAUAUAAUUCAUAAAGUAAAAGAUUCAUUCACCGAUGUGUAAAUUUAGAACGAUCUACGUAAACUACGAAAUACUUCUGCUCCGAGGGUGCAACGAUAAGUAUUCAUUGUCAAUUUUGUUCAUAAGAUCGUAGCUUUUUGAAAAAUCUUAUUGAAAGAUUAGAUAUUCACUUGACCAGGAAAGAAAUCUCUCAAAUAUUACGUUGUUAUUUGUAAUCAAUAACUGCUGGUUGAUUACGUAUUUCAAUUUAAUCAUUUUAUCUGUGACUUAAGAAUCCUUAAAACAGGGAAUAAACGACUGUUGUCUGUUAGAAAUUUUUCUGUUUAACCUAUUAAGAAUCAACGCAACAUAUUCACUACACGAAAAUAUGAAAGUAUGAAUUCCCCAGAAGAAAAAAGUCCACAGUCUAGUGUCGAUGAAAUUCAAAUAAAAUUCCCAAAAUAUACAAUAUAGAUCCACAUGACAAGUUACGCACAGAUAUCACAGAGGAUUGAAAUUACAAGUUGAAUUUCGUCUUCACGAAACACGAACAACAGUUUCCAUUCCUUGUUUUGAGCAUCAAAGGUAUCUCUCACUCAGCAGAGGGAUUCUAUAUCAAUACAAAGUCUCGUUGGUCUCGAUGGAUGUGAGUCGCGACAGGCUCGGCCGAUUCGACGCCUUGCAAACGUUUCUCCGGGGUAGGGCCGAACGACGGCUCCGGAUACCUCUUUGAGACAUUUGUAACGUUCGUCGCAAUUAAGGUAAUUAAUCGGAGGGGGCGACGCGCCUCGUCACGACUCGCGAGACAGUGACGAUCCGCGGCGUCCCACGUGUGAAACGCGGAUCGAUUUGCGGGGCCCACCCACAAAGAUCGACUUAACCACGACCUCGUCGACGAUACUGCUUAAGAAGAAGGUGGUAACUUAAACGUGUAUAUCUCUGAAUGGGAGCGCGAGUAUGAGAAAGAAUGCGUGCAUGUGUGUGUAUGUGUUUGAAAGGAACAAAACGAGAGAGAGAGAGAGAGAGAGAGAGAGAGAGAGAGAGAGAGAGAGAGAGAGAGACAAACAGACAGACAGUAAGACAAGGUACAUAGAGAAGCGUGAAGGGAACAUUGUGUGUAUAGUUCGCGAGCAUCUUUCGCCGUUGGUGCGUCGCGUUCCUUUUCUUCUUUUUAUAUAAUAAAGCUGGAAGCGUGUGUGUGUGUGUGUAAGUUGCACGAUCUACGAGGGUCCUGUUUGUCUUUCGUACGUACGUACAUCCGCGCUCAAAAGUCUUGGGACAAGUGUUAUAUUUGCUUGGGAAAUAGAAAAAUUGUAUGAUACUUUGGAUUAGAGAUCAUCGUGUGAAUUUUUUUUUUUUUAUAUAUAUUAUAUACGUUUUUAAUAUUUCACGUGUUUUUAUGUGCUAUAGUCUUUAGUAUAUGCUUCAUUAGUUCAGGAAAUUCUCGAUUGUCACCGAUUGAACGAUUUUUAGUGAGAUAGGGAUUUCAUCUUUUGAAUGGACAGUGUUCUUGUCUUUCCGUACAAGAGUUUUAAACGUUGCGUUCAGGUUCAUUAUCGAAUCGCAGACUCACACGUUCGCACUUCUACGUAAUUGUAAAUUUCACCUAGCAUCAAGAUAUUGUUGAUUCGCAAAGUCAUUUAAACGCUGAGAUAUUGACAAAGUUAGUUUCAGUUAGCAGCUUUUCAAUUAUAUUUCAUACGGUUUACAUCUGAAAAGUUUUAAUAAAAUGCACACAGAAUUGCUGAAUAUUAGAAAUAAAAAGUUUCCCAAGACAUUUGAGUGAGAGUGUGUGAUAGCUUGGUAGUAAUGGUAGCGCUGAGUAAUAAGCUUGGUUAUUUAAUUACCGCGUUAAGGGUUGACGCGUUGACGCGUACUUUCUUAUCGGAUGUUCAAGGAAACUGCGCGGUUCCAGGUAGCCACGACGUUGUUAUGUCGAUUUUUAUUCCACACGAUAUUCUGUCGAUCGGUCGUAGCAACGGGGUUCCAAUUUUGCUCGUGAUCCGUUUUUUUCUCUUUGUUUCUUCAGUCUGUUCCAUUAAUCUACUAGCACUCCACGAAGCGUUGUUUGUAGAUGGAUGAUUAUAAUAUACGUUUCGGAAGAAAACGUAGACCCAGGAGACAAAUGCGCCCUUCCUUUCAGUCCAGAACUGUGUCUCUUCCGAUAUAAUUUAUAAAGCUGUAAUUUAUAAGGAAGAAGCUCCCGUUUUGUGUAAAGAUAUAGGUACAUACAAACGAAGCUUGUCUUCUGUAUAAAGAUAUAUAAAAGUUUAUAAAUAGAUGGGAAUCACAGAGA